AAAAGGCGAGAAAUAACGAGAGUUCAAUAAUUUACCUUCCGGCAAGAGACUUCCUGGUUUUAUGGCGAAAUUGUUUUUGAAAAGAAGUUGGGUUUUCCCACAUAACUGGCUUUAUUAAUGAUAUUUAGUUAACAUACUUGUAGAAAAUGUUAUUGAUGUGACAUGGGAGGCUGUUUAGGGAAACCAGAACAGGGGGGUAACAAACCCCCCUCUAUAUCAGCUGUUAAUAAUGGAGGACAGGGCAUUUCUCCACAAGAUGUGAAUAUUAGUGUUGGCAAUCCGUCCAGUCCCGUCAGGCCACUGCCACCACCACCAGGGAGUACAAGUGGUCUGGUUAUGAGAGCAUUGUAUGAUUUUGAUGCUAUAAAUGACGAUGAUUUGUCCUUCAAAAAGGGAGAUAAACUGGAAGUGGAUGAGGCCAGCACAAAUUGUGAUUGGUGGAUGGCCCGUCACCUGACAUCAGGUCAACAAGGUUAUAUACCCAGUAACUAUGUUACAAAAGAUGAUGAUUCUCCACAAGCUCAAGAUUGGUGGUAUAAUGUGGAGAGAAAAGAAGCAGAUAAACAGCUGUUAUUACCAGGAAAUCCACAGGGAACUUUUCUUGUCAGAGAAUCGGCUGACAAACAGUCUUAUGUAUUAUCUAUACGAGACCAUGAUACUAAAAUGAACGAUGCCUGCGUCAAACAUUACAGGAUUAGAAAAAUGGACAAUGGAGGUUUUUAUAUCAGUCCUAGGAGAACUUUUCCUGGACUUCUAAAGCUGAUUCAACAUUACCAAGGUGUAGGAGAUGGUUUAUGUUGUCAGCUUACUGUCCCUUGUCCAAAGCUGCCACCACAAGUCCAGUUCAGGGAACUAGAAGUAGCCAGAGAAUCAGUCAAAUUAAAUAAAAAAUUAGGGGCUGGUUGUUUUGGUGAUGUCCAUGCAGGUAAAUGGAGAAACACAGUAGAUGUGGCUGUAAAGACAUUAAAACAAGGUGCUAUGACUGCUGAAGACUUUUUAUCAGAGGCCAAACUUAUGCAUAAACUACGACAUCGUAAACUUGUACAAUUAUUGGCUGUGUGUACGGCAACAGAACCUAUAUGGAUAAUAACAGAAAUGAUGGUUAAUGGAUCAUUGUUAGAUUAUUUACGCAAAGAUGAGGGAAAAUCAAUUAAACUUCCUGUUAUAGUUGACAUGGCUGCACAGAUUGCUGAUGGUAUGGCCUAUCUAGAGACUGAGAACUUUGUACACAGAGAUCUACGAGCAGCCAAUAUAUUAGUAGGAGAACGCAAUGAUGUAAAGGUGGCUGACUUUGGUCUAGCCAGACUUAUACAAGAAGAUAUCUAUGAGGCCCAUGAGCAUACUAAGUUCCCUAUAAAAUGGACGGCACCUGAAGCUGCUUUUGAUAGAAAGUUUAGUAUUAAAUCUGACGUGUGGUCGUAUGGUGUGUUGUUAUAUGAAUUAAUCACAUUUGGACGUGUUCCCUAUCCAGGAAUGACAGGUCAUGAUGUGUUGAGUAAAGUGGAGUCGGGAGUAAGAAUGGCUAAACCCACUGGUGGACCAAUACCCUGUCCUGAUCCAUACUAUGAUAUCAUGUUACAAUGUUGGAAGAAGUUGGCGGAGACCAGACCAACGUUUGCCUUCCUUCAUGACUUCUUUGAUAAUUACUUUGUGACGGCAGAAGGGUCGUAUAGAGAAGCAAGCUGUGAUUAAUAAUAUCUCUGCCAUGAGGAGCAUAUCGACAAAUGAUCUUCCAAUACUUUAUAACAUUGUUCAUAUUAUUAACAAGAGUGCAAGGUACUUAAAACUUCCAUGAUUUGUGGGGAAAACUUGUUACCAUUUAUGUGUUAAAUAUAGUAUCUCAAAACUGGCAAUCUUUCUCACAUCUCAACCUUAGGGUUAAAUUUUUGAUAGUUUUUUAAAUAAAAUAUUUUGUACACAAAAUCAUGGAUCUUAUUUUUGGAGAUAAAAUCCUAAGAGAGAACUUUUGUAUAUUUAUCUUGAAAAUAUAUAAAACAAAUACUAUGGAUGUAUUUUUGAUUAAGGAAUUCUUUUUAUAAAAUCUAGGGAGAUAAUUAUGUUGUCAAAGAUAUAAACAGUGACUGUUGUGUCUUGAUUUUAUCCAGUAUAUCUAUUUUUAUACAUGAUAAAUGUAUGCCUGUCUAUUUUAAUGAGAUUCUUAAGAUUUUGUGAUAUCCAACAGUUGUAAUAAGACAUUGACUGUAUCCAGGUACACUACAGGUGCUAAGAGUGAUACCAGGAACAGUUUCUGUACAUCUUCAGAAAAACAACAGACAAUAAUAUCAGUAGUUGUGAUAAUUGUGUACAGACUGGACAAAUUCAGCCUUAUCAUUGUUUACUGUAUCAGGCCAGUAUUGAGGUCUGACUGGACAUGCUUGGACUCUUUAUAUGAAGACUUUAUCUGACCAGUACAUUACAUAAAGAACAAAUUUAUAUAUUUUAUUGUCAGUAAGGAGCUCUAACUGGACAUGCUUGGUCUCUUCACAUGACCAGUAUGUUACAUAAAGAACAAAUUUAUGUAUUUCAUUCAAAUUUAGCAGAUUUAAAGAUGCAUUGGUCGGAAGUUUAAGACCUUUUAAUUUUGUGAAAUGACCUUUAAUAUUUUUACAUAAAAGUUUUAACAACAUUUACAAAAAAUCCUUUUAUAUACAAUUUUCUUUGAAAUCUUUGUGUUUUGUAGUAAAGGUGGGGCUGAUAAGGCUUGAACAAAAAAAUAUAGAUAAAUCUCUUCUGAGGUACUUGUACUGAUUUUUGUUUUGUAAUAAAGGUGGACCUGUCUGAAUUGAUAUGAGAUGGUCAGGGCUUUAACAAAAGAAAAAUAGAUAAAUCUCUCCUGAGGUACUUAUACUGAUAAGUAAUUUCUGCUAAGAUACUUCAAAUGAGAUUUUAUAGGGUAGAUUACUAUGUUAACUUUAUAUGUAUAAUAUUGUUUAUGAAAUUUCUGUUUUAAUUUUGUAUAAUGGUUGUGAUCAAUUUAUGAUUAGUGGUCUAUGCAAUUAUUCCAUGUGAACAAGUGCUUUUGGGUAUGUUUUAAUAGAUUAUAUUUUUAUCUCAAGAAGUUCAUAUUUAAAAGUUUAAUAUAAAAGAAAAAUUAUAUAGAUAUAUGAAGUACUAAUUCAAAAGUAUAAUUUCUGCAGGACAGAAGGCAGUGAUUCAAUGCAUUCUGAAAAUUGUGAAAAAGUAUUUUAUGAAUUUUACUUUGUUGACUUUGGUAUUUGUAGAUUUUAUAUUGAAGCAUCUUUCAUUAUAUUUUUAUGUAAAACCAUUGCUACAUCUUUCACAAUAUGUUGAUGGUAACCAAUUAACUAUAAUUUAUCUUAGCACUGAUGAACACCGACACAUUCCAUAGCUAUUUAGGAAAUGUUAAAUGUACUGAUUUAUUUACACAUUAUUUUCAUUCCAUGCUGUGUAUAGCACACUUUUGUUUAGUAAUAAGACACAGCCACACAUAAAGUGUAAGAUGCUUGCUGAAUUAAUUUUAUACAGACAGCCAUGGUUUUGAUCAUUCAUUCAAGUUACUGAUUAAUUUUGGAUAAUCUUUUAUUAUUUUUUAAUAUAUUUUAUUAAAAUUCAAAAAGAAUUAAUUAAACCAUGAAAUUGCCACAUAGAGUAACAUUUAAAACAUGUUUUUUUAAAUGCCUUUAUAACAAUUUACAGAUCUAUUCAUUUAAGAAUUGUGAUUAAAGUAAACAGAAGUGCCCUAUAUUUGUUUACAUUCUCCUUCUUGGUCUCUUGUGAAUAGUUGUCUCAUUUGCAAUCAAACCACCCCUCCAUAUUAAUAUAUUAAAUGAUAAAAUUGACUUCCAUCCCCAUAAAAACAUUCCAGGACCUCUGUGUCCAAAAAAUUUAUGUUUUUUUUUCAUUCAUUUUUUUAAUAAUAACAUUUCCAUUGAAAUACAUAGAUAGCUAUUUUAAUUCAAAUGGACACAAACAAUGUUUUUCAUAAUAAUAACAAGCCUUAGCAACAGACAUUUCUUUAGUGGAAAAAUUCAUGGAAUACACAUUUAUGCUAUGCAAAUAUUUUUAUACUAAAUCCAUGAUCAUGAUGAAUGUUUGUAGGCAGUUAUUAAAACCUUAAAUAUGCUCCUGCAUGAGAGUCAAGUUAAGAAAACUUGUUUCUUUUUACACAAUUUAUACUAAAUUUUCUUAUCAACUACAAAAUUGAUAUUUUAAAAUUAUUCCGUCUCCAAUUUUAUAACUGCGUCGAACCAAUUUGUAUUUUUCCUAUUGUAUUUUUAAUAUGUCUAUUUAGCAUAAUUUUAUUGUAUUGUUGACACUAAAGGUAUGUUAUAAAUUUUAUACACUUUGUUUAUUUUGUAUAUAAGAUAUGCAAAUGAUUAUGGUAAUUAUUUUUAUAUUAAAACAAGAAAAAUUAGAAAUUAACACCCACCCAACGACAUCAUGUAUACAAUUAUAUACUGUGGAUUCAUUAUUAUUCGUUGGAUAUGAAUUUUCAUGGAUUUUGUGGGUAUAGAUAAACCACGAAAUUAAAUAUCCACGGACAUGGACAUGUUUCUUAAUUCACAAAAAUUGGUACCAAGGAAAAUUAAUGAUACCACAGUAGUUUAGAGAUAAAAAAUCCCCACCUUGAUUUUGUUCGGGUAAAAAUGAUGAUUCAAACUGCAAUAUCAUUGUGCAAUCAUCAUCAUAUGUUAAUUUAUAUUCUGAGUUUUAUUUACAACUUUUAUAAACUUGGACCAAAUUUGUUUGAGAUUUUGUAAAGACCUUCUUUUCUUAGUUGAAGAUUUAAUGUCUUCUGGUAAUGUUUUUUGUUGGGUUGCUGUCUUUUUGACAUAUACUCUAUGUUUCUUUAUAUUCAUGUUUAUCUGAGAUAAAGUCAACAUUCCACAUAUAAGUGACCAAAAACAGUAAAUAUUUACGAUGAUGAACUUUGAAAAUUGUCUUUGUUUAAAUGUAAAUUUGAUUGUUUAUUGUCUAGAAUUCUUGUCUGUUAAAUUUACCAGAAUGUCUUUUACAAAUUAAGUCAAAUGAAUUUUAAUUAUUGUUUACGACUUGGUAAACAUUACAUUCCAUAACCAAUAUUUGCUUGAUAUCUGACAUAAAAAACAAAUGUUUUGUGCAGUUUGAUAUUUUCAUUUUCAGGAACAAAUGUAUGUCAAACACUUUUGACUUUAAAAAAUGUCUUUGUCAAUUCUGAUUUACACAUAAGAGUCAGUGAGUUAGUUGUUUUAAGUUAUACACAUUUUGCAGAAUGUAGCUUUAUAAGUUUUCCUGAAUUAUAUAUAUUAUCUUUUGGAUUUAUAUUUGUUUUUCUUGUGUGAAUUAUAAUCAGGAUAGUUCUUUCUUGUAGACAAUCUUUUCUGUUCAUCUCAUAGUUGUUUUUUCUGAUUCUAGCAGAUUUCAUAAAACAAUAGAUACAAUUUUUGUAUAUAUCACUAGUUUAUUAAUUUGCAAUCAAAUCUCUAUGAACCAUGUGAAUAAUACCAUAUAUCAUAAAUAUAAAAUAAACAUCAUUAUUAA